AUGGGCGAGUCCACGUUGAGCGGAGAGAAGCUUCCGGCAAAGGAACCUCGUCUCCAGGAGCAGUACAGCACAGAUGACCAUGCUGUGGGUGAGAUCCUCCCUUUCGAAGCAGACGACUCUCCAUACCCCGAGGUGCGCGCUGUCGUCCAGCCAGUGGACGAUGUGACUCUGCCCGUCAAUACGGUGCGCAUGUGGGUUAUUGGAAUCCUGUUCACCAUAGUCGGCAGUGGGCUGAACCAGUUCUUCAGUCUGCGACAACCCAGCGUCACCAUCAGCUCCCUCGUGGCUCAGCUCCUGGCUUAUCCCGUGGGCUGUGCGUGGGCGCAAUGGAUGCCCCUGGGAGUGCUUAAUGUGGACCGUCGCUUCAACAUCAAGGAGCAUGCCUUGAUCACCAUUAUGGCCAACGUCGCCUUUGGGUCCGCUGCGGCCACGCAGAUUAUCGAGGCUAUGGUCAAGUUCUAUAACCUGCCCUCCAAGGGAGGAUUUGAGGUCCUCUUGACCAUCAGCACGCAGCUGUUUGGAUUUGGCCUGGCGGGGAUAGCCUCGCGCUGGCUUGUAGGACCGGCGUCGAUGAUAUGGCCUCUGGUUCUGUCCAAUGCAGCUCUCCUUUCUACUCUGCAUUCGCGCGUGAAUGCCAGUGCGGAUGGCUGGCGCAUUUCCCGGUUGCGUUUCUUCCUGAUCGUUUUCGUCGGCGGCACCGCGUGGUAUUUCGUGCCUGGAUUUUUGUUUACCGGUCUCAGCACAUUCAGCUUCAUCUGCUGGAUUGUGCCGAACAAUGUGGUUGUCAACCAACUAUUCGGCCAAGUCACCGGGCUGGGGAUGUCGUUUCUCACCUUCGACUGGGCACAGGUCGUCUAUGCGAACCAAAGCCCGCUUCUUGUUCCGUUCUGGGCUGGGUUGAAUGUCAUCGGGUCGUUUGCUCUCUUCUUCUGGCUCAUCUGUCCCAUCCUCUACUAUACCAACACCUGGUAUUCGGCGUAUCUCCCCCUGAUGAACUCGAAUACCUUUGACAACACAGGCCAUACGUACAACACCAGCCGCAUCAUGAAUGCCGAUGGGACCGUCAAUCAAGCCGCGUACCGGGAGUACUCGCCCAUGUUCAUCCCCGCCGGGUACGCAAUGACUUACGGGGUGGCCUUUGCCAAUCUGACCGGUAUCUUCGUCCAUGUCGCGCUGUACCACGGGAAGGACCUCUGGCUGCAGUGGAAGGGGUCGGAUAAGAAGGACAUCCACGCACGGCUGAUGACUGCCUACCGCGGCGUGCCGUGGUGGUGGUUCGCCUCGAUCACGGUAUUGAUGUUUGGGCUGAGCAUCGUCACCAACGAGGUCUGGCAUACGGAUCUACCGGUGUGGGCUGUUCUACUGUCUUAUGUGCUGCCUAUGGUCUAUUUCCUGCCGAUAGGUGUCAUCAAAGCAGUGACGAAUAUCAGUACGAACCAACUGAAUCUGGUCACGGAGUUUAUCGGUGGCUACACGUUUCUGGGGAAGCCGAUUGCCAACAUGAUGUUCAAGUUUUCGGGCUAUGUUGCUGUGUCUCAGGGACUCGAAUUCGUGGCCGACAUGAAACUGGCACAUUAUCUCCACAUCCCCCCUCGCACACUCUUCUUCGCACAGGGGAUCGCAACACUGGUCGGGGCCAUAGUCCAGUGCGGCGUGACCGUCUUUAUGAUAACGGAGAUCGACAAUGUCUGCACGCCUGAGGCCAGCGGAGGCUUUACGUGCCCCCAUGGCCGAGUAACAUACUCUUCAUCCUUGAUCUGGGGUGCCCUGGGACCCGGUCGAAGCUUUUCCCCCGGCCAACUGUACGGUAAACUUCUCUGGUUCUUCCUCGCGGGACCGCUGGCGGUGCUGGUUACGUACCUCCUCGGCCGCCGGUGGAAGGUUCUGAACUACAUCUCCUGGCCCGUGGCAUUCGGGGCCAUGAGUCUCGUUCCUCCCGCUACGGGCGUUAGUUUCUCGUCAUGGUGGGUGGUGAAUAUGAUAUUCAAUGGGAUCCUUCGACGGCGGAAGGCAGCAUGGUGGGCUAAAUACAAUUAUGUUCUCUCAGCUGCUCUCGACUCAGGCGUCGCUGUCGCUACCGUGAUCAUCUUUCUCUGUAUUAUUCUCCCGGGAGGAAAGCUGGAUUGGUGGGGAAAUACUAUCUACUCCAAUACCGCUGAUGGGAAGGGGACGCCGUAUAUGAAACCACCGGCGGCUGGGUAUUUUGGGCCGGCCAAGGGUAGUUGGGAAUGA